UAAUAAUUUGACCCAAUAUAUUCAAUUUUAUCAAUUAGAAUCAAUUUUAAAUUUGAUAAAACUGCAACAAAAUUCUAUAAAAGGCAGACUUCUGGCAGUGACAUUAGAAACACAAAAAUAAAGUUCAAAAAUUUUUAGAUUUAUUUAAAAAAAAAAUAUGAUCACUGUAAUAACACAUCUUAAUGCAUGUUAGCAAAAACCAAAAUCAAAGUGUGAUUUGUUCGAUCAAAUUUAAUUUAAAUAAAAACAAAUAUAUAAUCGUGCAUCAAAUUGGAUCAAUAAAGGCUAAUGAUAGAUGAAAUGUGUUUUAUGCUACAUUUCAAUGCUUUUAAAGACUUUAUAUUCCUUUAUUUUUUUAAUUUUUACAAAGUCUCACUGUUUUUCAUAUAGACAAAAUAUUCAGACAUUGGACUGAACGUAAAACGUUAAGAAUUAUAGAGCCAUUUGGAGUACAGAGGAGUGAGGACAUAACUCGAACUCAUGAACUGAUAUUUUGGAGCAUUGCCAAGAGCUGGCUCAUCACAAGUCACAAGUGUCAUAACGCCAGAAUUUCUACCUUGUACAGUUGUAACCCCUCGUGCGAAUAGGUUCCUCCACUAUUACGCAUUCCCACUACUGCGCAUCCCCACCACUACUACGCUAGCCAAUCAGCAUUCCGCGUGCGGGGCCGCAAUCGUCGCUACACACUAUAUAAAUGCCAACGUCGGGGGACGAGCGUCAUACCGCUAUAGCCUGUUUUAGGGUACAGAUAGCAGUACAACUCGUUCGAGAUGGCAAGAACCAAACAAACCGCUCGCAAGUCAACCGGAGGUAAAGCCCCGCGUAAACAGCUCGCGACGAAGGCAGCGCGUAAAAGCGCUCCUGCGACUGGUGGUGUGAAGAAGCCGCAUCGUUACCGUCCUGGAACUGUCGCGCUUCGUGAGAUCCGUCGCUACCAGAAGAGCACGGAGCUUUUGAUCCGCAAACUUCCGUUCCAACGAUUGGUUCGUGAGAUCGCCCAGGAUUUCAAGACCGACCUCCGCUUCCAGAGCUCUGCCGUCAUGGCUCUACAGGAAGCCAGUGAGGCCUACCUCGUUGGACUGUUCGAAGAUACCAACCUUUGCGCGAUUCACGCCAAGAGGGUCACCAUCAUGCCCAAAGACAUCCAGCUGGCUCGCAGAAUUCGCGGAGAACGUGCUUAGAGAGUACCUCUAAUCUUCAAUCGGCCCUUUUC